AUGUUCGAUAGCAAUUUCAAAACGCAUGAUAUAUGCGAAUCGUGGAAUUCCGGUAAUCAACCGGAUAAUUUACUCUGGGCUGAACCGGCGGAUCGUUUAUUGCGCAUCAUUGGUAACGGUGUUGUUAAGGACGGGUAUAAUAUGUUUAUGACACCAAGUCAAGCUGAAGGUAAAACAACUGUAGUAUCUGUGGCUAUAUAUAUUGAGUCUAUGUCAUCAUUUAGAACUCAAACAAUGGAUUUUGAAGUUGAUAUGUAUCUUGCUCUAGCCUGGUAUGAUCGUCGUUUGGCUCAUAAUUGUACACAUCCAGUACUUGUAACGCAUAAAUUCAUUGUUGAUCGUUUGUGGCAGCCAGACCUCUAUUUUGUUAAUUCCAAAUUUGCCUACCUCCAAGAAGUGACAACGCCAAAUUUUAUGGUCAUCGUUUAUCCAGAUGGUUUAAUAUUCAAAUCUAUGAGGUUAGUAAAGCUUACUAUUAUUUAG